GCCAGCAGCGGCCGUGCGGGUAGCGCCAGCAGAGUUGAUGGAGCUGCCCCCCCGGGGCGACGGCUCGGCUGACCGGUUGUGCACGGCCGCUGCCCGCGGGGACCAGGAGGAGGUGCGGAAACUGCUGGACGCGGGCGUGGAUCCCAAUGGGAACAACUCCUUUGGGAGGACCCCGCUCCAGGUGAUGAUGCUGGGCAGCCCGCGGGUGGCCGAGCUGCUGCUGCAGCGCGGCGCCGACCCCAACCGCCCGGACCCGCGCACCGGCUGCCGCCCGGCGCACGACGCGGCUCGGGCCGGCUUCCUGGAGACGCUGGCGGCGCUGCACCGGGCCGGCGCCCGCCUCGACCUGCCCGACGGCCGCGGCCGCCUCCCCCUCGACGUGGCGGCGGGGGGUCCCCACGGGCCGGUGGGACAGUACCUGCGCCGCCCGCCCGUCCUACCCGUCGACGCGCCGGCAGCCGAGGCGGUGGCGGAGGGGGCUGAGUGCUGACCCACUCACGGACGCCGUCCGCCGCCCGCUGCCCACCCACCCUUGCUGAGACACUCUCCCCCUGGUCCCGCCGGGUCUCCCACUCUCUCCUGGCUGCUGCGAAGGGUCUUUGUCCCUCUGUCCCAGAGCUCUCGCUGUCCUGCUUUUGCCCGGCGACACAUGCUGCUGCAGCUUUUUUUUUUUUUUUUUUCCCUAAGAAGAAUCAGAAAGAACGAAAACAUGAGCGCGCGGAGUCCUCCUCGUGUGUUUUGUGUCCCCUCCUCCGCUCCCUUUCCGGCAGGCAGAGGGCAAGCAGCUAACGGUUCUCCGGUGCUCCAGGAGAGGGGAAACGAGAAAAAAAAGAAACAAAAAGGAAAGAAAAGAAAAUAAUAAAUUUCGUCCUAUUUUUAGAGUUAAAUUGAUGCAGUUUAGAGAAAUGGGAAUGAGCGGCUUUGUCAUUUCCUGGCAAGCGGCCCCUUGAUCUCCAUCAGACGUUUGGUUUAUUCACGAUGGUGCUGAUUUUAUUCAUUAUCACCCAGUCCUGCAGAGCUUUACAUUUCAGCGAUAACUUGAGAUUCUUUUACGUAGCUCUCCUAAAGAGUGAACACCUUAGCCAUCUCGUUUACGAACUGAAUUAAUCUUCAAAUAUUCCCCCAUCAUCACCCCGUUCAUCUUAGGAAGUCUUAAAAUAUUUAAUACCGAUAGAGACUUCAAGUUGGGAAUCACUACAAAUAUUUUGCAUGGGUGUAUUCAAGGAGGGCUCUCCGCAUGAGAAACCUUUUGGUAAUUGUUCAGUUACUGCGUCGUUUUAACGUUUAUUCAGAAGACCUGGACGAAGAGUCCGGCAUUUCCGACAGCUUUCUUUGUCUCUCAACCAGAUAUUUGGAAACAACAACAAAUGACUAGGCUUGGUUAUAAAUCUGAAUCUCUUCAUAUGUGUUGCCCCCGUUUUUCCUGCGCGAUUCCCAUGGUCUACCCAAUGUUCAUACCUCUCGGGUGUGAUGAACUUGUUAACCUUCAACAGCAAAAUAUCAAAGAGAUUGGCUUAAAAAACCCAAAUCCUUGUGUUCAAUUAUUAAAAGUUCGU